AUGGACGAUCCGCGGGACAUUCAAACUUCCAAGCGAAACGGGAGCUCCAGGUCGUUAUUAUCGGCCGGUUCCGCGGUGGCUAUGGAGAUUAAACGGAAGAAAAUACGACAGAGCACCUUGUUCCUGCAAACAGAGAACACUAACUUGCAAGAAAAGCUGGACUUUGAGGUGCGAAUGCGAGAGGGGGCCUAUAAGCUGCUGCUCGCCUGCAGUAAGAGAGAACAGGUUCUUAAUGCCUCCAAGAACCUGCUGACCUGUAAUGCCAGGAUCAAGGCUUAUUUCACUCAGCUGCAGAAGAAAAAAGAGGAGCAGGACAUGAUGGGAGCAGUCAACAGACUUUCAGAUCCAGUUUCAGAUGACCGUGUGCCCUGUAAUGGGACAAUUGCACUGUCUGGGCUGCGUAUUCCUUUGAUGUGGAGGGAUUCAGACCACUUUAACAACAAAGGGAGCUCUCGUCGAGUGGCGAUGUUCUGUCUGAUGCAGAUUGGCUCCGAGGUGUUUGACACAGAGAUGAUUGUGGUGGACAGAUCAGUCACUGAUGUCUGCUUUGAGGGAUUUACCAUUUUUAAAGAAGCAGUUCCUGAGUUUGAGCUGAAGGUGGAGCUGUGGAGCUGUGCCCUGGAGGAAGAGCUCACCUUGGUAAACACGCCAAAGAAGCUGGCCAAGAAGCUUCGCAACUCCUUUGGAAAAACUGCUGGGAAGAAGCUCUGCCCUCUGCUGGACACUCCAGACCCUGACACCUUCCUUCAGUAUAACCCCAUACCCUCUGGAGCCAAGUACAGCCUCCUGGCCUACACUACUCUGUCUCUACCCGAGGCUGAAGGCAGCUUCCAGUCUCAUUCCCUCAUUGUCCUCCAAAACGCCGAGUGGUCAUCUUGGCUUCCACUUUAUGGCAACCUCUGCUGCCGGUUGGUGGCCCAGCCUGCCUGUAUGACACAGAGCAUGAUGAGCGGCUACCUGAGCCAGAAGCAAAGUGUGGAGGGACUGAACCGCUGCUGCAGUCUUUACUGUGUCUUGAGUGCUGGCUUUUUGUCCUGUUACUUCACCCCAGAAGAAAUUGAUGCAAAAGUGCAGCCCACUCUCAAUGUACCCAUCAAUAAGGGCACUCGGAUCCGUGUGAUGGAGAAGGAGUCAGCAGGCCAUAAAUCCAGGAGUCUGUCAAUCAUCAACCCUUCACCAGAGGGAUCUCACACCGUUGUCUUCACCACAGACACCAGGGAGGAACUGGAGGACUGGCUGGACGCCCUCCACCAGCAUCUCUAUGAUCAGAGCCAGUGGCUGCACUGCUGCAACCAGCUAAUGAAGAUCGAGGUCACAUCACCACGGAAACCAUCACUCUUCCUCACCAAGCAGGCUGACUCUGUUUACAACGACCUCAGUAUAAAUUCACCUACCAAAUUUGAGAGCAUCACUGACAUUAUCCAUAACAAGAUAGAGGAGACAGAUGGCUGCUUUCUAAUUGGUCAUGAAGAGGAGAAGGAGGCACCUAAUUGGUCCACUCUGUUUGAUGGAUCCCAUUCAGUGGUGGUGCAGAAGAGUAUUCUGUCCCAGAGUAAAACCUCCACCCCUUGCUCAAGCCCCAACACCAGCUCUACACCCAUUGAAAACAAGAAGCGGCGUGCCCCGCCCCCUCCUUCUGACAGAGAGCCUUAUGCUCCUCCCGCCCGUCCUGCCAGACCUCCCCCCCCCGCUUCGCUUCAUCAUCCUCUUCCUCUCUCAUACCAGGAGAAGGAGAACUCCAGCACUUGCGCUUCACGCCUGGGCACAAGGUCCAAAACUGGCAGACCAUCUCUGGAUGCCAAGUUUUCUGCGAUCAUCCAGCAGCUUCAGCGCAACAACACCGGAGGAGCCGGAGCGCUCAGUCGGAAAAAUGCUCCACUGGGCGUUCUUGAUAUACAACCACAAGGUCAACCUCAGCCCCCUCUCCCGCAGCUGGAGUACCAGAACCAUCACACCGAGACCCCUGAAACCACAGCUGAACACAACUUUGUCAGACCCAGUCACGGUCCCAUUCCUGCACCAAGGAGCAAACUGAGGAAGUCUUUCAGAGAGAGGAUGAACCUUAAAGCCUUGUGACCUACCUGGAUUUAACCAACUAGCCCUAAUUUACCACUAAUACUAAGUAUAACAACUAACUGUUGUUCUAAAACUUUUCAAGUGAGCUGGGUAAUGUUGAUAAAGUCAGAUAUCACAAUGUAUAUGACUGCAUCUCAAUAGUGAUACUGUGACUUUUUGGGCAUGACUGUUUGCCCUUUAACUUUUAAAAAGGAAUAGUUUAUCAUUUUGGGAAUUAUGUUUAUCUGUUUUCUUGCCAAUAAUUGUAAGAGUAGAUUAAUACCAUUCUCAUAUCUGUACGCCAAAUUUGA